GACAUAUAACGUCACGUCAUACGUCACGCUUACGACAAGGGAUUCCGAGUCCAGACAUAAGGUGAAUUUUAUAAGCAAAAUAAUACCCAAUAGUAGGACUACUAACGAAUUUAGAAAUCAGAUGCACUCGCUACUGUAUGUAAGGAGUCGAUAAACGAUAAUGUAAACGACAUGAGGAGUGCUACAGACGACAUAGGUCGGUGAGCGAAAUGUCGAUAGAGUACGUGCCGGUGAGUGAGGGGGAGCAGGACGAGCCCAUCGAACUGCCAACCGAGGAAGACGGCUCACUGCUGCUGAGUACUGUGGCGGCACAGUUUGCAGGUGCUAGCGGUCUCAAGUAUCGCGCCGCAGGGCGUCUUCGCGGCCUGAGGCUAGUCGACGAGCGCCUCUCGCCACCAGCUGAGGGAUGGGGAGCUCACCGUUACUGGUGUGCGUUUCCACGAGCUUCGCCUGAGCCCACGCCGCGCCCCCGAUGUUCCGACCUCAUCGUAUUGGGCCUACCUUGGAAAACAGGCGAGGAUGCGGUGCGUGAUUAUUUUUCUGCCUUCGGUGAACUGCUCAUGGUGCAGGUGAAACGUGAUGCGAAAACUGGAUUGUCGAAAGGGUUCGGAUUUAUUAAGUUCGCGGAAUACGAGUCGCAGUUGCGCGCGCUCGGGCGGCGCCACAUGAUCGACGGGCGCUGGUGCGACGUGCGCAUCCCCAACGGCAAGGACGGAGGCGCCGGCGCGCACCGCAAAGUAUUCGUGGGCCGCUGCACCGAGAGCCUGACGGCCGACGACCUGCGCGAGUACUUCGGCGCCUUCGGCCAAGUGACGGACGUGUUCGUGCCGCGGCCGUUCCGCGCGUUUAGUUUCGUCACGUUCCUGGAGCCCGAGGUGGCGCAGUCGCUGUGCGGCCAGGACCACAUCAUCAAGGGCGUGUCGGUGAACAUCUCGACGGCGUCGCCCAAGCGCGAGCGCGGCGCGCGCGGCUCGCAGCUGCUGGGCUGGGGGCUGGUGGAGGGCGGCGGGCGCGUGUUCAACUGGGCGGGCGACGCCUGGCCGCCGCAGGCCGCGCCCGCGCCCGCGCCGCCGCUCGACAAGCCCUACCUCAAGUAUGAGUGACAUUACCUUUAGCCCGGACCUGGCUCAUGCCUGCUAUGCUCUUUGUUGAUCACUGUCAAAUUUUAUAUGAAAUGUGUAAAUAAUAAUAUAAUAUAGUAUGAUGUUUU